AGAGGCUUCAUUCCCAGCUCCAAAAAUCCAGCCUCACGCAGCCUAUUGCGCCAAGAAAGCCAGAAGCCGGCGUGUGAGCCUUUCUUCGUCCGUGAAUCGAGUCCACCAGGACUGAGGACAUAUCGGGGGGGGGCCUGUACGGAGAGAUUCCUGCGAGACAAAAAAUAAAGAAAAAAGAAAAAAAAGAAGGAACCGGGUUCGGUGCUGGCAUGCUGUGAGAAUUACCUCCAGCUUUGAGAAGCGCUCCUUCCGUCAUGCAGUGCACCUGCAAGAAGACAUCCAGUUGACGGACGGGACUGCUGAGAAAAAAAGGAGAGAGAGAGAGAGAGAGAGAAGAGGGGGAACUUUAAGGGGAAGAAGUUGCCAUCGGAUCGGGGCUGGAGGGGGAUCCAAAUUAUAAGUCCCUCCAUCGAUUAGAAUCACAUUUUUUUCUCCACAAUUUCCCCCCUCGAUAGGAAGGCGAAACGGCGACUUCAGUUGAUUAUCUGUCUUUCCUUUGCUAUCCAAUGGAUAUUCACUGCAAAGCAGACCCUUUCACGGCGAUGCACCGGCACGGAGGUGUGAACCAGCUCGGCGGGGUGUUCGUGAACGGCAGACCCCUCCCGGACGUGGUAAGGCAGCGGAUAGUGGAGCUGGCCCACCAGGGCGUCCGGCCCUGCGACAUCUCCAGACAGCUGCGGGUGAGCCACGGCUGCGUCAGCAAGAUCCUCGGCAGAUACUACGAGACUGGUAGUAUCAAGCCUGGAGUCAUCGGUGGGUCCAAACCCAAAGUGGCCACUCCGAAAGUAGUGGAAAAAAUCGCAGACUACAAGAGACAAAAUCCCACCAUGUUUGCCUGGGAAAUCAGAGACAGACUGCUGGCAGAGGGCAUCUGCGACAACGACACUGUUCCCAGCGUCUCAUCUAUUAAUAGGAUCAUCAGAACAAAGGUCCAGCAGCCUUUCCAUCCAUCUCCUGAUGGAUCAUCGCUUUCAACGCCCGGUCAUACAAUAGUACCAAACACGGCUUCCCCACCUGUAACCAGCGCCUCCAAUGACCCUGCGGGAUCCUACUCCAUUAACGGGAUUUUGGGUAUUCCUCGAUCCAACGGAGAGAAGAGAAAAAGAGAUGACGAUGGUUCAGAUGGUUCUGGCCCAAACAGUGAUUCUCAGGGUAGCGUGGAGAGUUUACGGAAGCACCUAAGGGCAGACGCCUUCACCCAGCAGCAGCUGGAAGCUUUGGACCGGGUCUUUGAGCGCCCCUCGUACCCCGACGUCUUCCCCACCUCGGAUCAUGUCAAACCGGAACAGGCUAAUGAGUACUCGCUCCCUGUCCUGAAUUCCAGCCUGGACGAAGUCAAGCCCAGUUUAUCCUCUAGCGCCAACCCAGACCUGGGCCCCAGUGUGUCGCAAAGCUACCCUGUAGGCCGGGAUAUGGCAAACACGACCUUACCCGGGUAUCCCCCUCACGUUCCCCCAACAGGCCAAGGCAGCUACCCAACCUCAACACUCGCUGGAAUGGUUCCUGGGAGUGAGUUUUCGGGGAACCCCUACAGUCAUCCACAGUACACGACCUACAACGAAGCCUGGCGAUUCAGCAAUCCAGCAUUACUAAGUUCCCCUUAUUAUUAUAGUGCCGCGUCGAGAGGCUCCGCCCCUCCCACUGCUGCCACUGCCUAUGACCGUCACUAGUUACCAUGGAAACCAAAUCAACCUGCAGGACCACGGCCUCAGCCUCCAUAUUGCCCAGGUGUGAAGAACACGGUCCACUGGAUACUGAGCAAAAAGCGCAUAAAAUGUCCCCGACUUACAAAAAAAUAACAUUGAAAACAACAAAAAUAGAGGAGAAAAUUCAUGGAUUCAAGACAACCGCCAUCUUCUCUUAUU